AUGCCGUUCAAUUCACUAGAGUUUCAUUCUUUUGCAAAGGAUUGGGGUUUUUCUAUUAUCACAUCUAGUCUUAACUAUCCAAGAUCUAAUGAAUUUAUUGAAAUAAUGAUGGGGAUUGCAAAAGAUGUAUUAAGAAAGUGUAAAGAGCAGGGAAUUGAAAAAGAGUACAUGUUGUUGGAUUAUAGAAAUAUAGGUUCACCAUAUACACCAACACAAUUAAUAUUUAGUAGAGAAACUGGGAGUGAACUUCCAAUUCAUGACAAACUGUUAUAUCCAAAGGUUAUUAAUAAUUUUGCAUUUCAUCAAAAAAAGAAAAUGAAAGUAAUAAAAGUACCUAUGAUAACGAAAACUGCUACUCAAUCUAAUCAUAAAUUUUAUAAAGGUCAAAAUAUUUGGUAUAGAAAAGAUAAGGUUUGGAACCCUGGGAUGUUGGUUGAUAUUUGUGCGAAUCCAAGAUCAAUGAUUAUAGAUAGGAAUGAAGGUGUACAAUUUAGAAGAAAUACAGCUCAUGUGAAACCUAGAAUUAUAACAGUGCCAGAGGAGAAUGACGUCAGUGAGAUUCCUGAAGGUGACACUGGUGUUAAAUUAGGAUGUACUAGACCUAAAAGGAAUCAAGAGCAAGUUAGCAAGGAACCAAGCAACCAAGUUUUUAAAAUCCACUUUUCAAAAUGUCUGCUACUGCUUUAUUUGGUAAUACAUCUUCAUUGGGAGGUAGCUCUGGAGGUAACAAGCAUUUAG